AUGGGUGACGAAUUUCAGACCAAGUCGCAGGGUUUCCUGGCUUGGUUCAAGUCCCUGCCGGUCGCCACCAAGGGCAUACCGACAGAGACAACGCUCUUCACAAUUCCCAGGAGAAGCAUCAUCAACGUCGAGACAUCUGAGCUCCCCAAGAAGAUUCCCCAAGUUUUCACGGGAAAUGAUGGCGACGACGAGGACAUGGAAAAUGAGCCCUUGGACUCUUGGGGCUCUCUCAUUCUAGUCAUGAUCUACGAGUUUCUUCAAGGCGCUGCCUCCCCUUGGAAGCCAUACUUCGAGGUCCUCCCUGAGAAGUUUGAUACUCCCAUGUUUUGGGAGUCAUCCGACCUCGAGCACUUGAAAGGAAGCGCAGUGUUGUCUAAAAUCGGCAAAGAUGAGGCCGACGAGAUGUUCCGCUCUCGCAUCCUCUCAGUCAUCGCGGCCAACCCAGCGGUUUUCUACCCUGAGGGCUCUUCACCACUUGGUGAGGUUGAGCUAUUGCAGCUGGCCCACCGCAUGGGUAGCAUAAUCAUGGCUUAUGCCUUCGAUCUGGACAAUGAGGAAGAGCCUGAGCAAGAGGAGGGCGACGAGUGGAUCGAGGAUCGUGACGGCAAGACCAUGUUGGGCAUGGUCCCCAUGGCCGAUAUUUUGAACGCCGAUGCCGAGUUCAACGCACACGUAAACCACGGAGAUGAUGAGCUGACGGUAACCGCACUCCGCCCCAUUCCUGCGGGAGAGGAGAUUCUCAACUACUACGGCCCCCACCCGAACUCCGAGUUGCUUCGCAGGUACGGCUACGUCACUCCCAAGCACUCAAGAUACGACGUGGUGGAGAUCCCUUGGGAUCUUGUGCAGACUAGCGUCUCAGAGCACUUGAAGAUUGGGGACGACGUCUGGAAGCAAGUGAAGUACCUUGACCCCGAAGAACUUGAGGACGUCUUUGUUCUCGAGCGGGAAUCUGGAGAGCCUGACUCCGAAGGCCAGUUCAGGACGGUCGCAGAGGUCCGUGAGAUCUCCGCUGAGCUCGAGGAGCAGCUCAAGGCCGUCUUGAAGGCUAUCAAGAAGAUUAACGGUGAUCUGAUCCCCGACAAGCGCAAGAGAGACGAGGUCUUCCACGCAGUAAUUGUCUCGACAUUGCAGAAGAUCUUGAGCCAGUAUCCCACAUCUACUCAAGAGGACGAGGCCCUGCUUGCUACUAGCGAUCUAACCACCAGACAGAGAAUGGCCAUUCACGUGCGUCUAGGUGAGAAGAAGUUGCUCAAGGAGGCUCUUGAGUUUGCUGGAUCCACUGCGCCUGCGGAAGGCGAGCAGGAGGAGCCUGAGAGGUCCUCCAAGAGGGCGAGAACGGCAUAG